AUGUACACUCCGAGCGGGAUGAUUGACGGAGCCGUCGACUUCCACGCCUACCUGCGCGAGGAGGGCAUCCCCUACGUGUUUUGCUCAAACACGGGCGCAAAGGGAGCGAGCGGAGUGCAGCAGAAGCUCAAGGCCAACGGCAUAACGAGCGACGGGGAGCUCGUCGGAGGGGAGCACAUCUUCACGGCCGCACAGGCGCAGUGCCAGUACAUGGUAGACAACCUGCCCCGGGGCGCAAAGGUCUUUGUCUUUGCGGGCGGCAAUGCCGAGACGGCAGACUCUAGCUUCUGGAUGGAGAUUUUGCGCGAGCUCGACAGCGAGCUGGUCGCCUCCUGGGAUGUCCACACGCACCUUUCCGAGGGCGUGGCCAAGGAGUGGGGCGAGCUCGCCGCCUGCAGCGACUCGGACCACGCCGUCGCAGUCGUGCUCUUCUCGGACGGGUCGAUUAGCAGCGUGCCCGACCCGAUCACGGGGGAGCUCGGGUUCGCUGACUGGUCGUUCGACGUGAUCAAAAAAGCGGGCUACCUCUUGUCGCACGGCGCCGCCUUCAUCUGCACGGCAGAGGAUAGCUUCAAUGUGCGGCCGGACGGGUGGCCGCUCCCCGGCCCAGGCAUGAUAUCUGCCAUGUUCCGGACGCUCAUGUACCCCGUGCACUCGCGCAACAUCCAUGUCUGCGGCAAGGGCGGCAACCGCGGCAACGCCUACAUGAUGGACGCCGCGAUCGCCAAGCUCGAGCGGCAAGGGCACAGCGGUCAACGCGACAAGAUUGUGAUGGUCGGAGACCGCUUCGACACUGACGUGCGCGCGGGUGUCCUGGCGGGCACGCGGACGUGUCUGGUGGAGUCGGGCUGCCACGCGAUCGCCCAGCAGCGGUACUACCCGAAUGAUCAGGCAGACUUUGUCGCCAAAUCGGUCGCGGACCUCAUCGUACGCCCCGGGGCGGGGCACCUCCCUCUGCGGUCUCGGGGGGCGGGGGGGCUCUGA